ACCGGGGGCGUCCUGGGCAGCAGCGUCUGCACACUGCGGCUGCGGAGGACCCCGAGGAUGGGAAUGCAGGGAGCAGGGCUGGCACAAGGAGCUCAAGGGCUCGUCAGCGCUACCCGACCUUAGGCAAGCGCAGGCUAACCGGUGUCAGUGACUGCUGCUGGGCGGAAAACCACAGCGCCUCGCGCUGUCAGCCGGCCGGUGUGAACGCGGGACGUUUCUUUACAACACUGUCUCCAUCGGCUUUUUGAUCAAGCUGCAAGGACAUUCUGUGUUACUGAAGGAAGGUGCUCCAUUUUUGGAGUGACUUAUGAUGUCAAGAACUGUAUCAUCCUGGAUUUUAAGCUCAGCCAGAAGCAGCAUUAUUUUACAAGGGAAAGGACGCUGGUACUCCAUCUGUAUCCCAAAUAGAAACAAGAUCAAAUGGAAGCUUAUUUUCUCCAAAACAUGUCCCUACCCUGCUGGGAGCUGCAGCUUAGACAGAACUUUCUCCUUUCCCAAAGCAUUCCGGCACACUUCCACCGAAGAAGAACAUUUUUCUUUCCAGCUGUCUCCGGCACAAAUCAACGACAUACUCAGAGCAGGCGAACUAUCCCACAGAACACUGGAUUUGAAUGGCAAGAAUGCAAAUUCCGUGCUGAGAUUUGAAAGCAACCAGCUGGCUUCCAACAGCCCCAUAGAGGACCGGCGAAGCGCGGCCACGUGCCUGCAGACGGCGGGGAUGAUGUUCGGGGUGUUCGACGGCCACGCGGGCGCCGCCUGCGCCCAGGCCGUGAGUGAGAGGCUGCUGCACUACAUCGCUGUGUCCCUCAUGCCCCGCCAGAGCCUGGAGGAGAUCGAGCUGGCUGUGGAGGCCAUGAAACCAGUGCGGCCCAUUCUGCAGUGGCACAAGCAUCCCAACGAUGUGGAGUACCAGGAAAUCACCUCGCAGUACUUUGAGAACCUGCGGGUUUACUGGCAGCACUUGCUGGACCUGGACACUGAGCCAGGGUUUAGUUUGGAGGAAGCCAUGAUUUGUGCAUUCAAAAGAUUAGACUCAGACAUAUCACUGGAAGUUCAGGCUCCUCAGGAAAAUGAGUUGAUGAGAAAUAUUGCCCUGCAAGUAGCUUUUUCUGGUGCCACAGCCUGUGUAGCUCACAUUGACGGUGUUCACCUACAUGUGGCAAACACCGGUGAUUGCAGAGCAGUUUUAGGGGUCCGUGAAGAAGACGGAACGUGGUCUACUCUCCCUCUAACCCGAGACCACAAUGCCUACGAUGAAUUUGAAAUUAGAAGAAUGAAGCGAGAACAUCCUAGAUCUGAGGAGAAAACCCUAUUUGUGAAUGACAGAUUACUGGGGAUUCUCAUGCCCUCCAGAGCUUUUGGAGAUGUGCAAUUAAAAUGGAGUAAAGAAUUGCAACACAGCAUUCUCGAGAACAGCUGUGAUGUUGAGGCUCUAAACAUUUAUCAGUACGUUCCUCCAAACUACCAUACCCCCCCUUAUUUAACUGCAGAGCCUGAAGUUACAUACCACAAGUUAAGAAGCAAGGAUAAGUUUCUCGUUAUUGCUUCAGAUGGGCUGUGGGAGAUGCUGAGUAAUGAGCAGGUUGUAAAACUUGUUGCUGGACACCUUACAGAGCUCAACAUGCAGAAACCACCACUGACUUUUAAGAAACCAGUUAAUCUGGGCUACAUGCACAACUUGUUGCUGCAGAGGAAGAGCAAAGGCCUGGCCUCCUUGGACCAGAACACCGCCACCCAUCUGAUCCGGCACGCGAUCGGCAGCAACGAGUACGGCGAGGUUGACCCAGAGAAGCUGGCUGCCAUGCUGACCCUACCUGAGGACCUGGCCAGGAUGUACAGGGACGACAUCACUGUCACGGUGGUGUACUUCAACUCAGAAACUAUUGAAGAUUACUACAGGAGCCACGAGUAGAGCCUUGCACUGCUGCAGUUCAAUAUCACUAGGGAACUUUGAUCCUGAACCAUUCCUCUCGCUCUCUGGUAGUGCAGCUGCUACCAGUGCCUGCAAGUUCCUAAAUAUUUUUGUUACUUACUGGCUUUGAAAAUAACUUUCUAAAAGGUGAAAUUUCCCUGGGUUUCCAGGUUUGUAUACACUGAAGAAAAAUGUUUUCAUAAAACCUUACUGAAAUGUGACUGAACUAAAGAUUGUGGACCAGUUCUGAUUCCAUGAGAACCUCUGGUAAAACUUUCCAAUGAACAAACAAGGCAAAUUUCACUGAGACUGGUACAAUUUAAUAGAGAUGGAUAAUAGGUGUAGCUGCAUGGAGUGUCAGGCUCUGUUCUUGUGGAGAGCGAGUAGCAUCCUGUUGAAGCACUGUAACUGAAUUAAAUAAAUUAACUACCAAACCUUU